AAAAGAUUGUGCAUCAGGGCUAUUUUUAUUUUGGAAGCCACACGCAGGAGCGAAUAGGAUUUUUGGUUUUACUUCGUUUGAUCUCGUAAUCUGAAACGACCGGCGAAGAGAGAGCCAUGGGGAGUGAUAGCAAGGGCAAUGGUGGUGAUGCAGGCGGUGCGGCGGGCAAUGUGCAGAUACCGCCGGCGGUGAAAAAGGUCCUGCAAAACAUCAGGGAGAUUCUCAGUGACCAGUAUACUGACUCGGAGAUCUACGCCGUUCUUAGGGACUGCGAUAUGGACCCUAACGACGCCGUUCAACGCCUCCUCUCUGAAGGUCCCCGGAAAGAUUCGUAUACCUUCCAUGAAGUGAAGAGCAAGCGUGAGAGAAGAAGAGAGAUGAAAGAGACUCAAGAAUUUAAAGUUCGUGCUAACAAUAGUACUUUAAAUCGUGGAACUAGAGUUGGUAGUGAACAUACUUUUGGACAAACUGCAUCAACACAUAUUGGUCUGAAUGAACUUGGUAAAGCUUCACUUAGAAGAGAGAAUGGGUCAGUUGCUACUUUUCAGUCCUCUGCUUCAUCCACAUAUCAUGCAACUGGAAAAAUAUUGAAUGAGAAGUCUUCUUCUCCUCAAAGUGAUUCCUUGAGUUCUCACAAUAGAAGUGGAAGACAGCCAACAGGAACUGGUGAUACAGAUUCAUCGUCUGUGCAAAUAUCUCCUGGCUUUCAACCUACUUGGGAAUGGGGCUCCAAUUCAGGGCGUGUUUCCAUGGCUGAUAUUGUAAGGAUGGGUAGGCCAAGCAACAAAGACUCACAAGCAUCUUUUGAAAGAUCUUAUACCCUUCAAGACAUUGAUGCGCCAAACUCUAUCCAUUAUGAUGUUAAGCCUUCUCUUACUCCUUUACCUUCACAAACAGAAAUACCUCAAGAUCUGCAAUCACUAAAUUUGGAAAUGAGAAAUGAAUCUGGAAAGACAUCUGGUCAGUAUGAUUAUGAUAGUGAAUGGCUGGUGAAUGAUCAAAUAACAGCUUCUAGUGGGCCUACUGUCUCAGAGAAGACUGCUUCCACAGGUGCUCAGAUGCACUGCAGGAAAUCUUACCUAUAUGGUGAUAGGAAUUUGUUGAGGCAGGACAAGUCAGAUGAUAUUCAAUUAUCAGGGAGAGAUACUGUUGACAGGAAGAACAAUAAUUCUGAUUGCACCUGGUCUGCUGAAAAAUUUAGUGGACAAAUAGUGGUGAAUGGUGCUGGAGGAACAUAUAAAAAUGGGAAUGACUUCACUAAUGAUAUUAAUUCUGUUGAUUCUUCUGGGCAUGCAUAUAAGUGGCAGGAUGGCAGGGAUUCAGACACAUCUUUGCCAAACCAGUUGACAUUGCAAUCUGAUGAAGUCAACAAAACUGUAAUGACAACUGCAACGAACUUGCAGCAACUAAGUUUAGCGAAGGAGCCAACUGUGCCUCCAACUGAGGAUAUUCGUGGGCUGGUGCUUCCAAAUUAUUUGCAGGCUUUUGCAGCUGACUGUUCACAUUUGAGCUUUGGCACCUACAAGUCUGGCAAGAAUUCUGUAUCAUCAGGGCCACAAACAGCUAGUUCUUUAGCAGCUGAAGUAGAGAAGGCCUCUGCUGAAACAGAUAGUCCAUCUCCUGUGCAUUUAGACUCCAGGAACUCUGUGAAUUAUGGUGACAAGGUACUUGGACAUACUCAUGGUACUCAUAAAGCUACUGUGGACACAAGGAACCAAAUUUCAUCUUCACAGGCAGAGCUUUUGAAUCAUGAUUUUGCUGACACAGCCUAUGGGCAAGAAUACCUGUACAAAGUCAUACCUGAUUCCACUUUUGGAAAUAUCCAGCAAAACAGUUCUACAUUGUCUUCUUUGAUAAGCCCAAAUGCUAAGAAUCUUGCUUCUUUUCCAAGUGAACUGCAAGUACAUUCAAACUCUGUUGCUGAUGAUUUCUUGGCAUUGAAAGCAAGAGGCUCUGCCACGCAUCAUGCAACACAAUCAAUGCCCUCAAGAUAUGGCAGUGCUUUGUCACCCAUAAACCCUUCCAUCAUUUCCAUGUAUGAGGGUUUGAAUUCUGGAGCCUUUCCUAGAACCCAAUCAUCCUCACAAUCCCUUCCUGGAGAUACCCUUGCCAUCAGGCCUGAACAUUAUUAUUCACAAAUUGGAUAUGUCGUACCUCAAAGCUAUGGUUUGCUAUCAGCUUUUCCACAAUCGCAUCCAGACAGUGAUGCAUUGUAUAGGUCUCAACCAGGCUUGAAUUACAAUCUCCAUCAUAGAAGUGGUGGUACCCCUAUGAGCAGCUUGCCUCUGUCCGGUUCAAACUUAUCUGGUUAUGGAAAUUUUGAGAAUUCUAACAAUAAUCCUUUAAGUUUUGUGCGCAAUCUCUCCAUGGCUUCAACAGGCAGUAAAGUUGGGUGUGAUGAACUUUUACGUGCUCAAUUUAAGGAAGGAAACAAUUUCCCUCUGUACCAACAGAAUGAUAGCCCUGCCACAUGGGAUUAUGGGUCUGGUUCAAGAACUGCAGAGACUGCCAUUCCGGAGAGUGCCUAUUACAACUUUCCUGAACGGUAUCAACAUCAUGCUGGAUGUGGACAAGGUCAGUUGUCCUCGCAGAAUCAAGGAGUCUUUUUGCACCCAAGUGUUCAUAAUUCUCACACUAGCAUCGCACCAGAACAGAAGCAGCAAAGCCCGAGUGAUUUCAUCCUAAGCAGUUCUCGACCUUAUUCAUCAAGGGAACUACCUCAGAUUUGGAGGCCCAGCUACUAACAUCCUUUUGUUUCUCAUUUUGUUUUAAAAUUUUACCAAUGGGCAUUCGAAAAAUGGCAGAUUAGGAAGAUAGGACAGUUUGAUUAAAAAUUUUAUAAUGGUUUUGAGUGUAUGCCAAUGUCCAAUUGUACAUACUUAAAAAAAGCAGUGGGACUGAAAUACUGCCCUGAGCCCCAACAUUGUACUCAAUCUAAUAUCGUGUUCGGGUGCAUGAUACACUAAUUGAUGUGAUGAGUUUUUUUAUUGGGGUCAUCCAAUGGAUGAACAACUCUUAUUUUUUGCCCAUUCGUUAUGUUCUGAAUACAUGUAUGAUAACAUA